AUGCUUUUCAGCUAUUUCAAAAGGAUAUGCAUUAUCGGACCUUCAUUAAUACUGGCACUUCCUCAACCUUCAACCACAUCACUACCAAAAGCAUUACCUUCCUCUUUACAAAGCACAGUACCAGAAUGUGCACGACAAUGUCUGGAUUCCGCUCUCUACACCUCGUUCCCGGUAUCUUGCACUUCUCCAGUAGACCUCGGGUGUCUAUGUUCCCGAUAUAGUACGAAUGGAUCAAGCCUUGGGGAAGUUGCCCUUGGUUGCUUGUAUGCCUCUUGCUCCUCUGUGCCGGACGACCAAGCCUCCAAAGCUUUCAAUAUCUGCGUCGGACAGAAUGAUGCUGUCCUUCCAACCCAAAGUGCGCUGACAAUCACUGCACUCAAGACGACUCUCUCCACAGUCACGACGAUUGCAACACUCUCCAGUACAUCUACGACCCACGCAACCCCAUCUCCAAGUACAUUACAAACUUCUGCCAAGUCUUCGAUACGGUCCACAGCCUCUUCGGCGGCGGCCACAUCGAUCGUAGCAGCAGCAACUUCGAUCAUAGCAGCAGCAUCUGUCACGCUGCAAGCUUCCGCAGCUUCGUCCAGCGAAACCUCAACGUCGUCGAACCAGGGACACGGGCCUUUGCAGACGGCACAAAUUAUUGGCAUAGCUGUGGCCGGCGCUGCAGUCAUCAGCAUAGCUGUCGGGGCUAUGGUCUUGAGCAUCUGCCUAAGGCGUCGGCAUGAACGAAGAGUUCUACAAAAGUUGGACAAAGCUCGUCUUCUUGCUGAGAAGGGUUCCCAUGGUCCCUCUCCACCCAGUCAAUUUCCUCAGUUUCCUCUAGGCCGAAACACUCCACCACCAGCUCGCCUAAGGGACCCCAGAGGAGCAGGAGGGGUCGGGGUAGGGGUCGGCCUCGGAGUUGGCGUUGGAGUUGGACUCGCAGCAGCUCAGCCAGCUCCGCCCGUUCAAAGAGUGGGACUACCGUAUCCAUACGCAAGUUCUUCCAACACCCCGGAGAGGCCAAGAAUGGUGCGCGGGGAAGUCCCUAAGCUCCAAACUAGCAUGAUCGGUCUGUCUCGAGACGUCGGUGAAAAUACUAAUGGGGCAACUGUGGAUGUGCCAUUGGAGGAGAUAGGUCUUGCGAUCAGCCCCGAGAACGACCGCCAUGUCUCUCCGGAAAGCUUCGUUAGCACACGGACUAUGUCGAGACUCCUUCCAGACAAACCGGUGCCGGUUUUGACAGUCCCACGAAAAGAGCAGCGCCAUAGAAGUAGUAUGCUACGCCCUGAUUCCGCCCUUACGACUGUAACUCUUUUCGAAGAAGAUACGCCAGUAGACCGAACGGAAAGGCCCAAGCUUGAGCCAAUCCUACCGAUUCCUCCACUCAAGGUCCGGGGUUCGACGAUUCCACAAGAAAUACGGUCAGGAGGGGCUCGUGCAUACGCCCAGAGUUAUGUACAAGAGAUAGAAACUCCCCAGACUCCUACCAGACCUCAGUAUUUCAAACAAGCUCCAUUUGGCCAGCCCGAAGUACCACGAUAUGCCCAAAACUAUGGCCAAGAUGGGGGUCCUGCUCAAGCUCCACCUCUUUCCCUUAAUAUACCCGUUCGCCAUUCCAGAUUCCAGCCAGCUCAGACUGUUUCGCCAAUCCAAGAAGUCGUCUCGCCUCAUCGGCCUCGGCCAAGUCACGAGCCAAUGGAAAGGCCGGCGUCGAAUUCAAGCCUGGAUGGCUAUAUCCCCGACUACUACAUCUCUCCAGACAAACUUCUCCCACGGUCGGAAAAGCUAAUAGCCAGCCCUGAGUUCCAGCGCAAACCCAGCAAGUCGCCAAAGCUGGUUCAAAUCAAGUCAAAAGCUUCGUCCAUGACUGUAUCCAGAUCUACCUCAGUAACCUCUCGGAGCAAGCGAGAAUCGAUGAGCUCAAACACUACUUUCGAAUCUGCCGAUCUUGAUGACCCGACGCCUGAAGACGAAUCUGAUGACAUGGACAAGCAACUCUCUCCUGUGGCCGAAUCGCCGAUUUCGAAUCUGAGAUACCCCAAGGUUCCACGAGCAUCCAACCAAGCCGUGCCGCGAAGCCCGAAGAGUCCAUUGAGCCCACAAAGACAGAACAGGAACCAAGCAAUGCAAGCGCGGACGCAGUCUCCAACACCCUCUCUCCUCGUCAAGCGACGCGGAGAAAAGCACGCGCAGGAGCUCGAACACCGCCUCUGGACGCCUGAACCCUUCGGCCAGAGUCCGCGGCGCAAAAUGAACUCCCGCCAAGGCCACGUCCGGAGCGGCAGCGACGACUCCAUGGCCCGCACGGCGCAGUGGGCAGAGUCUAGACAUAAGCGACAGUCGAAGAGCGUAACAGACUUCGAGACGCAGUACGCGUACAGGUUCAGAUCAGCUGAGCCGGAGAUGGAGGCGCUGAAGAGUCCGCUGUGGGUGCCGAAGUUGACGCCCACGCGGCAAGGGGACGAGCUGUUCAUUUCAGUCGUUUGAGCGCGUUUUACUUCUUUUGUAUAUGUACACUAUGGAUAGCGAUACAUGAUGGCGUUUUUGGCGGGUAGGGCCGCUUGUACUGUAUAUCACUACUGAUACCCAUUCGUUUUUCUUUUCAGGGUUGGAGCAUGGGAUUGGACGAGACUGGGAUGAGAUAAAAAAAACAUUCGCUGGAUGAGAUUUCAUAAAUAUAUUGUAUGUACUACUAGAACAAGAUAAGGGAAACGAAAAGCUCAGAGAGGUAUUUGAAGAUUAUACAUAUCCUCCAAUAUUUGAGGUCCGCG